AUGGCUGCCUCGCGUAGCAUUAGCAACAGCCGUGUCUCCACAGUGGUCAAGCGUGUCAGCUCUGGGUCGCCAGACGACGCCUCAGCACUCUCCAGCAACGGCGGCAGCAAGGCUGCUUCCAAUAGUAGCACGCCAGGAACCGACACAUCUGGCAGCCUGUUUAACCCGUCCGAGGGCUAUCUGACAGAAUCGCAGUGGUCGACGUCCUUCAGCGGCGUGGGCGCCGAGCCGUUCGACGCACGGAUCGUCGAUAUUCUGAUGUCGCCGAUUGACGAGGCUGACAUUGAGAUCAAGCCCGACGGCCUGAUCUACCUUCCCGAAAUAAAGUACCGGCGGAUCCUGAACCGGGCGUUUGGGCCAGGCGGGUGGGGACUGAUUCCACGCGGCGCGCACUCGGUUACGCACUGGAUAUGCCUGGGCCGGUUCAUCUCGCAGGCGCGUGGCGAGCAGGAUUUCUUUGACGAAGGCGGCCUGGCCACUGCGACUGAGGGAUGCAAGUCGAACGCGCUGAUGCGGUGCUGCAAGGACCUGGGCAUUGCGAGCGAGCUGUGGGACCCGGCGUUUGUUUCGCAGUUCAAGGCCAAGCACUGCGUCGAGGAGUGGGUGACGCACGCGACCAAGGGCAACAAGAAGCGCAUGUGGCGCCUGGCCAGUCGCCAGUGGGAGUACCCGUGGGCCAAGAAAUAG